AGAGCGCUAAGUUUGUCAGACUCCGGUUACUCUUCAGAAAAAAGAAGAGGCGACAAAGGCUACGGAACGGAUGAGGAAUGCACUUUAUACGACAGUGAUGAUUUCGUAGAAGAAGAGUGUCGAUACCGAUGGGUUAUAUUGUUAGGAGGAUUUCUUGCUCAAGCAAUUAGUAUGUGUACCUUAUCAAGAGUCAUGCAAGACUAUUACGAUCGACAAGUUUUUGGAGGGUCAGUUGAUGCAGCUGAAUUGAGUUUUGUAGGAACGAUAGGUUUUGCAUUUUGUGGCCUCAUGGGGCCAGUGACGCCAAUUUUUAUGUCAUUGAUUGGAGCUCGAUGGGUCUUAUUUAUUGGUACUAUUUUGAUCUCUGUCGGCCUCAUCUUAGCAAGCUUCUCCACUAAGGUUUGGCAACUGUAUAUAACUCAGAGCGUCAUGCACGGCAUUGGCGCAGCACUUCUGUAUAUUGUUUCUAUGUCUAUAUCACCACAAUGGUUUGUUAAAAGAAGAGGAUUUGCUAUGGGUGUAAUGGUGAGUGGAUCUGGUAUCGGUGGCCUCAUAAUGCCUUUCAUUAUGACAAAUUUGAAUGAAUCGCUAGGAGGAGCCUGGUGCUAUCGAGUUUUGAGUAUUAUCUCCCUUGCUGUUAGUUUAAUUGCUACAAUUUUACUACGUGAAAAGCCCAAUAUUAGCAAACUGAAGAAGCCCAAGUUGAGAGAUAUGAUCGAUUUUAGUCUAUGUAAAGAUUUGAAAUUUAUCAUAUGGUGCAUCGUUGGCAACUUGAGCAUGCUAUCAUAUUUUAUUCCGGCAUUUUACUUACCUUCACAUGCCACAAAAAUUGGGUUGUCACCGUCCCAAGGGUCCACAUUAGUUGCUGUGUUCUCCGCCGUAAAUGUCGUUGGCCGAAUUCUCUCCGGUUUUCUUGGUGACAAUAUUGGUGUAAUGAACGUUAAUAUUAUUUUUCUAUUUACAUGUGGUCUAAGUGCGUUGUUUCUGUGGACAUUCGCUACAUCGUUUGCCACCUUACUACUAUUUAUCAUCAUUUAUGGCUGCAUGAGCGGAGCAGUUUUCUCAUUAUCUUCUCGGUUUGGGCCUACAAUAGCAGGCGCUAUACAGACAGCAGCUAAUAAGAACUCCUUCUUCGCGUACCAAAUGUUUACAGGUAUUGCAUUCAUACUCGCUGCCGUCGUGAAUAUGUACUUGAAAUAUCAAAUAAAACCUAAAUUGCUGGCAAAAGUGUAA